UAAAAAUUAGUAAUUUUUUUAAUUCUAAUGCUUUUCUGUACUCUUUUCAGAAUAUCUUUGAAGGAAUUUUUGCAAUCUUUUCAUCGAUUUAAUGAGGAUCAAAUAUAUCUUACUGAUUUAACUUUUUCUAUUGGAAUUAAUGAAAGCAACGACGUAGAUGAGAUCUGUGCCGACAUGUUGUCAGAAACACCUACUAUUGAUCGUAAUAUAGAGCUUAAUGAGAACAGAAGUACUUUAACCAACAGUAGAAAUAUGCGUCGUCGAUCACGAAGAAGGAUCACGCACUUUCCAUCUGAGAACUCAAGAGGAGCUGAAGUAAGAUCUGAAUUUCAUGAAGAUCAAAACAGUACUAAUAAUAACAUAGAUGAACAUGAUCAACAUGAGCAAACUAUUACAACACAUUUUUCAUCUGGAAAUAUUGGCCUUGAAGUUACUACUUCCAAUGAGAUGUUUACGCCCGAAAAUACAGACUCGCCAGAAAUGACAGAAACCUUAUCAGAAAUCCCAGAUGAAAACGUAUUUGCAGUCCCAGAAGAUGAUUACGGAUACAUAUAUAAAGGUAGAAUGAAUGCUUCUGAAGAAUCAAUACCAUAUCAUCCUGUAGAGCGGAACAUAGAUACAUCAUCAAGAAGUAGACGUUCUGAAGGAAAAAAAGAGAAAAACGACAAAGAAAGGACAAAAGAGCUCUACUAAUAAAUAUAUAUCAGAGCCUCAAAUAAAAAUACGACAACUAUCCGACAAGAAAUUGCAAAUUGGAAAAACCGACGACAGCCUCUCAACUCAAUUGAAAAUAUUGAGCAAAACCGUAAGUUUCGUAACUUGUAUUAUAUACCUUAUAAGUUUUAGACCUAUUUUUAAUCGAAUCAUUUUUUUGCAUCACGUACCUCGCAUAGAUAUCGACGCAUGCCCCACAAAUUUCUCGAUGUAUAUUAAAAUAUGAACUAGAGUGAAAGGAAUUUACGUUGGACGCUUACGUUCAAAGACAACA